CUAUCCGGUUGCCCCUAACAACCAAUGUAAACAUUUCGUAUUCAAUCGGCUGUUGUAUGGUUGAAACCGUGGUCGCAGCUACGUGUUUUUUUUUUUUUUCUUGUUUAUUAUGGUUUUAAAACUCUUUUUUAUUUAGCCGAUUAAUUGGUCCGGAAUUACAUUUCUUGGUAACUUUUCAGCGCCGAUAAAACCGUCAGGUGAUUGACGCGUUCAUCACUCACUCGCGUAACUCGCUUUAAAAACAUUACACGUUCGUGUUGUUUAUGUCAUCGGUAUUGAAAUUCUUUUUGAUGAGCGCGCUGUUUUAACCACACUUAGAUUAUUAUCGUUUUUGGGGUGAAUGCGACGUUGAUACAAGGAACGAAGAGGACGUCGUGGCGUGGGAACAAAACGCCUCAUGUCAGAUUAUUCUUUAUUGUGUUAAUUUAGUGUUUUAUUUUACAUUUUCUUCUCUUAAGAAAAAAAAACACUCCCUCGACGUUGCAAUGUGCAGCGAAUACUACGACAAGCUUGAAAUAAACAGAAAUGCAACUGACGCAGACAUCAAAAAAGCGUAUCGACGACUUUCACUCAAGUUUCAUCCGAGCAGCAACAAAGAACCAGAAACUGCCGAGAAAUUUUACCAAUUGGGUGAAGCCUACGAUGUUUUGAGUGACCCUCGAAAAAAGGCAACCUAUGACAAGUUUGGAGUGGAAGGCCUGAAAGGUGGCAUCCCAUACGAGUUUGGCAGCGGCGGGGCUUGGUCAACCAAAUACGUCUACCAUGGCAAUCCAGACAAAACCUUUCGGCAAUUCUUUGGCAGCGACAACCCAUUCGCAGACUUCUACACACAUGAAAUCCCUCUGCUGCUGGGUGGCCUGCUACCAGAGGAGGUUAAGACGCAAGACCCCCCCAUCGAGAGGGAUCUUCAUUUAUCCCUGGAUGACCUCUUCCACGGUUGCACGAAAAAAAUCAAGAUAUCUCGAAGGGUUAUGAAUGACGAUGGUUUCACAUCAGGUAUUAGGGAUAAGAUUUUGUCAAUUGAAGUCAAACCUGGAUGGAGAGAAGGCACAAAGGUCAUUUUCUCCAAAGAGGGCGAUCAGGGCCCGAACAAGAUCCCUGCAGAUAUCGUGUUUAUAGUGCGACAGAAGGCUCACCCUCAAUUCAAACGACAAAACAAUGACUUGAUCUACAAGGCUCAAAUCUCACUGGCAAUGGCCUUGACGGGUUGCUCUGUCCAGGUGGAAACGCUAGAUGGCAGACUACUCAACAUUCCCAUCAAUGAUAUUGUGCACUUCACAUACCAAAAAGUGGUGACUGGUGAGGGAAUGCCGCUCUCCCAGAAUCCUUCCCAGAGAGGAAAUCUCAUCCUCAUAUUUGGCAUCCAGUUUCCCGAGAGGCUCUCCCCGGACAGGAAGGAUCUCAUCAAGCAAGCUCUGCUUUUUAAAGAUUGACUUUUUUUUUUUUUUUUUAAUGGCCAGCAAAGAAGAUAAAUGCAAGGAAGGGCUUUAAACUUUGACUUAAGGAGAAUGCAGACUGCUGAGUCAUGCUGAAAACACAAGAACACUGCACACUGCACAAAAAAUGAGAUCCAUGUGGUCAGGCCAUCGAAUUAGAUUCAAGUCUUUCUGUUCUUUAGUACCUCGUCAACAUAUCCAUACACGAUUAUGGAACAAAUCGUAAACUUCAAUUUUUUUCAAAA